GAUCGUUUUAGCGGCGCAUGAUUGUCUCAUUUUACUCUGUUAUAUACAUCGGACUAUAGAGAAAUGCUUACUAAAAUGUAGCUUAACACACACUUUUUAUUACGAACUGCUGUAGGUUCGGGGUGCAAUUAUUCUAUUUUAUAUUAUGACGAUUUUCUUCAGUAAAGCUUGACUUGAGACUGCAUGCUUUCAAAUUAAUACAAGAGAGUUCAAAAUGCUAUAGCGAGAGCGUGUCUUAGAUGACAAGGUUGUGAUAAGAUAUGAUACCAAAGGAACCAUGUACAUAAGUGACGGGGACUCUGACGAGGUGAAUAACUUGGUGAGGCAGCGUUGAAGAGGGCCGCAGAACAUAAGGGAGGCGGGUAUGUCUCUGGAGGCCCCGCGUCUGCCUCUCCAUCUCGCCGCCAAACGCGACAGCUCCAGGCUCCUGCAACAGCUCCUCCAGAAAGGUCACGACAUCAACGCUCGUGACAGCGACGGUAACACGGCACUACACGUCGCUGCGGCGUUCGGGGCCACGGCCGCCGUGCGCGUGUUGCUGCAGCACUUCGCUGACCCCGCGCCCGACACACGCAGUCGCCAGUACGCCAAUGGAAUAUCUAACCAUGAGAGCGCCCGAGCCGAAGGAAAGGUCGCCAGGCUACUGAGGCAGGGCGCCGGGGCCCUAGGACAGGGCGCUGGGGCCCUAGGGCAGGGCGCCGGGGCCCUAGGAGAGGGCGCUGGGGCUCACGAGGAGGGCCCCGGUGCAGAUGAAGUGGGCCCCCCAGCAGAAGGUAUUGAGGCUCGUAACGACGCAGGAUGGACAGCGGCCAUGCAGGCGGCGCGUCACGGUCGUGUAGAGACGCUGCAGCUGCUGCUGGAUGCUGGUGCUGACGUCAGGACCUUCAACUCCAUGGGUAUGAACGCGCUGGCACUAGCGGCGGCGAGCGGGAGCCUCGCUUGUGUGAGGGCGCUGCUGCUUGCCGGCGCUACAUCUGAGGGCCAGAUGAGCGCAGUGCUGCUGGCGUCAUACUGCGACCACCCUGAGGUGCUGCGUGUGCUGCUGGACCGCGGCGCGUCUGCUAAGACCGCCGCCAAAGACACAGUGCCUGUCAACUGUCAGCUUAAUGAUCCGGUGACGGCGUUGGCUGCCGUGUGUGCCGGCGACUAUGAAGCUCUGGAACGCAUCCUCGACGACGACCCUCAGCAAGCCAAGACCGUCACCAGCGGAGGUGUGACGGCGCUGAUGGCGGCGGCGGUGCUGGGGGACGAGAGCGCGGCGCGGCUGCUGCUGGAGCGCGGCGCUGACGCCUGCGCUGUCGAGGCCAUCAACGGCUGGUCGCCUCUCAUGCUGGCGCUCUACAACGGACAUGUACACUUGGCCCAGGUCCUGUUGAACCGCGGAGCUGACAUGGCCCACGUGACCCCCACGGGCCACACGGUGCUCGACUUCGCAGCCCUCAUCCAGUGUCAGGACAUCAUGAAGGCUUACAUCAAGGCCCAGCAUUUGGACGACGAUGCUGCAGAAGAUGAAGAAGGUCUUCAUCAGCUGUCGGGCAACCUCGGCUUCAAGAAGCUGAUGAACAGAGUUUCUGAUAAGAGGUCAGGGCAGAGCCGCUCUGUUUGCUCUGACGGCGUCUCACUUCUGAGCGCCGGCCAGACCAGCGCUCUGACCAGCGUCCUGACCAGCCUCUUGUGUGGCUGCUGGCUACAGAAGACGCGCCCUAGGAAGGAGCUGUGCAACCUGACGGAGUCUUGCGGCUCAUCGAUCAUCAAUGAAGCAUUGCCGCCAGCCCCUCCCCCCAUCGUGGGGGAACCCAUCCUCCCAUAUCUUCCCCAUCAUCCCCCGAAAAUGAAUCUGACGUGCAACUGCUACGAGGAGGACGACUCGCUGAUGUCGACCAUGAGCAUGAAGCCUCCAAUAGACGGCACUUUGGACAGUAACAAAUGGAAAAGUUCACUGCUGCCUCAGCACAAACAUCGUGACGUUGGCGUGAUUAAGCCACCGCCUCGAGUACCCAACGUAAAAGUACUGCUCAAGAGAAUAGAGCGGCAACGAGCGAGCGAGUCGGAGUCGUCGGCUGGCACGGCGUCCACAGGCACCACCGUACAAACGAAGCGCCUCAACAACAGACUCCAGCCAUCCAACAUGGUCCAGCCUCAGAGUAUGGCUGAGCUGCUAACCAUGAGCCUUGGGAGUCGCAAAGUCAGUGAGAUUCUGCAUAAACUUUCCUUGGACGACUACGCUGCAUUUUUCGAGGAACAGGACGUCGAUUUCGAAGCUUUCCUCGAACUGACGCCAGACGACAUCAGGGAGCUCGGCAUCAACGACCAGCGUUCUCGUAUUAAAAUCAUGAGGGCGAUACAGAGCCUGCGCAGAAAAGUAAACCAUCGAUAGACAAUUUCAGAAAUGAGGAUGUGAUCAAUGACUGAAAAUAUUUGGUGUAGCAGGUGAUGAAGGUUGACUUCAAUUAAUACUACAUGCAUCAAGCUUAUCAAUGGAUGACCACAUAAAAGAAUUCACUCGCUGGUGAGAGUGACUUACGCGAGUUCGCACAAAGCUCCACAAGUUUCUAAUUAGGCGUGCACACAGAACGGGCACAUGAAAGAAUAUGGCCGAUUAGUGAAGAAGGAUGAAUAUAUUAAGAAAUUUAUUUGAAAUUUUGUCGCGAUUCAAGUCUCGAUCUCUAGUCGUUCAUUGACUAGGAAAAUUGUUCGCAUGCCUUCAAAAACUGUACACUGAUGAUGUAAAUUGGGGCAAUGGAAUCUGCCACUUUUAAGAACACCGCACCGCUAAGAGCCGAGUCGUCAAGAUUUUAAUGCAAGAAAGUCGAUAUAGGCGAUGAAAGAGUGCAUGUUUUUUUUAAAAACUGGACUUCUGCUAACUAGAAGUCGGGCUGGCUGCCUCAGUAUUUUUGCAUGUUUAGUUUGCAUACUGUCACAAUAAAUGUUCAAAUUAACGAAUGUAAUAGGGAAAUGCUCAAACCUUCUACCGUAAUGUGAUAUUCAAGUGCCUUUGCAUUGUGUGUUGGCCGUUGCAUUUGUAGGGCCUGUGUAAAAAUUCUGACCUGUUGAUUUGGUGUUGAUGAAUUCAAUUGAUCGAAAUUUCGUUUUUACAUUCAGGAUUGUGAUUAUUUGUCCGAUGGACCUUGAGCUCGACAAAAUACUUUGAUAAUUAAAUAACCACUACCAUAAUAUUUUAACCAUGCCUGGUAUUUUUUAAGAAACAUUUUAUGUGUACCGGGAUACCCUGAUUUAAAUCAUAUUUUCUGAGAUAGUGAACACUUCGAAUUAAUAACGCAUGAUGGGAAGCAUAUGCAUCAAUAAUAAAUUUUGUACCAUGCUUACCGGUUAAUAAAGUUGGCGAAAUGGAACAGAACUGUAGCUACUCUAAGAAUGUGUAAUAUUUGCUGGCAAAUUAUACUUAUAGUGAUUGUUC